AUGAAUCAAAUUCCUGUUUUCGCCGGCUUGGGUUCGGAUGCGCUUUCCUCGGAACGAACUCUGGGGACUGCGGCCGAGGACGCUAGAACGCCAGAGGGCCAGAUUAUAUUACGAGCGUGCCAUGCCAUCUUUGUGAAAGAGAUCACCACUGUCAUCCACAGCCAGCGUCUACCCUCGGACAUCAAGCUGGAAGACUUCGUGGAGCCGGAAAGCCUCAUACAACCUCGGGUGUGUUAUCAACGGAAUAGCAUCAUUCAACAUGUAUCUCUGUACACAAUCCAACUUCUAAGAUAUUUACGAUACUCGAAGGAGAAGCCUGGUUCCCUUCUUGGUGUGGCUGGAUUUUGUGCCGGAUUAUUGCCUGGUGCAGCGGUGGCCACGUCCACGAAUACCAUCGAACUGCUCGCUCGGGGCCAAGAUUUCUUCUAUGUAGCUCUGCAUUUAGGCAUCCGGAUUGAAAGCUACAGGCAGGCUAUGGUGGCCAGAGAAGGCUGUCCACCACAUCUGCCCUGUAGUCUGGUUGUUGACGGGAUUACAGCCCAGCACGCCCGAGAGCUGCUCGAAGAACACAACAGACGGUCUCCUCCUUCUUACGUUUACUUGAGUGCCAUCAACUCCGGUACUUCUGUCACCCUGAGCGGUAGAGGUGAUCAUCUUCAGCAAUUCAGCCAAAGCAGUGUGCCCUCCCAAUGCAAGAUAUGGCCAACGAAUGUUUUUGCCUUGUAUCAUGACCGUCAUCAGCUCGAGGGAGUCCGAAGGGAUGUAAUUCAAGACCUCCGAAACAACAUACUCUUAUCCUCAGCACCCUUACAUCUUAUUGCCCCACUGUUUUCUAAUAUCGAUGGAAAGCCGAUUGAUUCUGGCCAGCUGGCAACGUUUGAAGAAUUCUGCGAGAAGCUCCUUGACAUGAUGCUUUUAGAGCCGGUGGACUGGGUAGCGGUUGAGGAUAACAUCCUUGCUGCUAUCAAGCAAUCAGCCACCGCCGUGGAUGUUUCUUAUGAAAUUUUGAAUUUCGGUCCUGGAUACGGCAUGUCGGGAGCCAGACAUACCCUCCCGGAUAACGUGAAAAUUGUAGCUGCUUCAAUCGCCGAACCACGCGCCUUGCCGCAAGACGCUUCCGGGUUGCUGUCAUCUGAUGAUAUUGCUAUCGUGGGUAUGGGCGUGGACCUUCCAGGAGCUCCCGAUACCGAUGUUCUUUGGCAAAACUUGGUCGAAGGCGUCAAUUCUUGCACUGAGAUUCCGUCUUCAAGGUUCCAUGUUGAAGACUUUUACCAGAAGCAAGAUGGCCGUACUCUAAGAACAAAGUACGGCAACUUCCUAGAGAACCCAUUCAUGUUCGACAACGAACUGUUUGGUAUUUCCCGUCGAGAAGCCCAUUCAAUGGAUCCACAACAGCGAGUCAUGCUCCAAACUGCCUAUCGAGCACUCGAAGAUGCGGGAUAUGUGCCUGAUUCAACCCCGUCAUUCUCGAGGAACACGUUCGGUUGUUUUAUCGGAAACGCUACAUUGGACUAUACCGAUAAUCUUAGAGACGGCAUUGAUGUCUACUACAGCCCAGGAACGUUACGCGCUUUUCAGAGUGGACGGAUAAGCUACGUCUUUAAAUGGAGUGGGCCAUCUAUCACUUUGGAUACGGCUUGUUCCUCGUCGAUGGUAGCCAUUCAUCAAGCAGCACGAGCGAUCCAGGCUGGAGACUGCCGGUCGGCAUUGGUUGGAGGUGUAAAUAUCAUCAGUAGUCCUGACAUGUAUCUUGGCCUCGAUCGCGCACAUUUCCUAAGUCCUACUGGCCAGUGCAAGCCAUUUGAUGAUUCAGCAGAUGGCUACUGCCGGUCUGAGGGCUGUGCGGCUUUCGUGAUCAAGAAACUUGGUGAUGCGAUAUCGGAAGGCGACCGAAUACUCGGGAUUACUGUGGUGGAAACACAUGGCACGGGCACACAAGCCGGGGACCUAAAUGAGCUUGUUAGUAUUCGUGGUGCUUUUUGCAAUGGUCGAGAUCCAGGGAAUUUUCUCCAUUUUACCUCUGUCAAAGCAAACAUCGGCCACUGCGAGGCCGCUUCAGGCGCUGCAGCAUUGGCGAAACUACUUCUGAUGAUGAGACAUGGCAAAAUACCCCCGCAGAUAUCUCUCAAGACACUCAACCGUAAGAUCAAAGACCUUGGCACAGACGGAUCCGUCAUUGAUCGUGACGGUGCUCCUUGGCCUCGACCUUCGAGACACCCGCGGCUUGCUCUGCUUAACAACUUUGGUGCAGCGGGUUCCAACGGUGCUUUGAUACUGCAAGAAUAUUCCAGUCUCAAAGCUCUCCCUCAAAAUGAGGAGCAGUGCGAGGCUCACAGCUAUAUGCUCGGGUUCUCGGCUAGAGGCAACACAAGCCUCCUUGCCUAUAAAGAUGCACUGAUCUCUUAUCUGGAGGCUCCUUCGGUACCGCGUUCUCUUCGUGAUGUUGCUUAUACUAGCACGGCUCGCCGCCAAAUCUUUGAUUACCGUGUCUCUGUUACCGGUUCCACUAUACAGGAAAUAGUCGACAACUUGAGAAAUGCAGAGAUUUACAACAUUCGCGAGUCACCAAAUCCACAGCCACGUGCGGUACUCGCAUUCUCUGGUCAAGGAUCACAGUACCUAGGAAUGGGCCGCGAGCUUUUAACUGCUUACCCCGAAUUUAAAAAAGUGGUCCUGGACUGCGAACAAUGGUUACUGAGCAAUGGAUAUCCGGGAUGUCUCAAUGUAAUCGCAUGCAAAGACGACCAAGAACGGCAAUCCCCUUCAUCUUCACUACUACAACAAUCUCUUCAAACAGCAGUCUUUGUCUUGGAGGUAGCACUAGCACGCCUUCUGAUCUCUCUUGGUGUCAUGCCGACUAUCGUGCUCGGUCACAGCCUGGGAGAGUACGCUGCCCUCGUCAUUGCUGGUGUGAUUGAUUUGCAAAGCAGUCUGAAACUGGUAGCACAUCGAGCAAGACUUAUGAUGGAGCUGUGUCAACUUAAAACAACGUCAAUGCUCGCAGUUAACCUCGGUGCGGAGACCGUGAGACAGCACAUUGACAACAGCCCAGAAUUCCACGAUUUGGCUAUAUCCUGUGAUAACAGUCAGUCUGAUUGCGUUGUUGGGGGCCCAAUCGGUCAGCUCCAAUCUCUGAAAGCAAAACUCAAUACGAUGAAGACGAGGUCGAAAAUCCUCGACGUUCCAAUGGCUUAUCAUACAAACGCAAUGGACCCCAUAUUGGGUCAAUUGACUGAAGUUGCUAAGACACUCGAAAUCUCAUGUCCGAGAAUCCCUGUUCUAUCGAACGUGUUUGGCCGCCUUAUCCGACCCGGCGAAAGAGCUUUCACUUUUGAGUAUUUUGCCAUGCAUUGUCGCCAGACCGUUGCUUUCAACGCAGGCAUCCAUGAGCUCUCUCGUAGUGGAAUGGGGGAUGAAAUUUCCCGAUUGGUCGAAAUCGGACCUCAUCCGUCUUUGCUGCCAAUGGUUCGCACUAGAUUGGAUAGAGACACUACAGAUCUUCUACCUUCAUUGCGAAAGGGAACUCCAGCAUCGGCGGCAAUUGCUCGACUCCUAUGCCAUUUCUACCAAACCACUACCACGUUGAAUUGGCGAAGAGCUUUCGAUGAGCGAGCAACCCUAACCACCCUUCCGGCCAUGCCGUUCUCAGAGCAAGAAUUUGGUAUUUACUAUCCACAUGAGAGUGCUCAGAGAGACUCGGGUGAGUGUGAUCAGAAUACUGAUUCUCAAACUGGGUACGCCUUCCUGUCCAGGAUUGUUCAACGUCCAUCGGAGACGAAUAGGGAGGCCAUCUUUGAGACGCCGAUUGGGGUCUUCAAGGAAUAUAUUCUCGGUCACCGUGUCUGUGAACAUGCUCUCUGUCCUGCAUCGGUAUACCACGAGAUUGUUCUAGCUGCUUCCAAGUGGACACAGCUCGAUCAAGGCGAAGAAGUCAUCAGGACACUUUCGAAUGUGCAAUAUCCGGCACCUUUGCUAUAUUCAGAAGACUCUUCUGCAAUUGUUAGGGUUUCCAUAAAGCCUAGCGGUGACCACAAGGCAGGCUAUUCCUUCACUGUGGCCUCAUACAACGCAGGUUCGGAUCCGCAGCAACAAGUAAUUCACUGCCAGGGUCAGCUGAAGGCACGGUCUACUGCUCAUGCUCAAAAGUAUGCAAAACUAGUGCCACUCAUGGAACGGCAAAAGGAACGGUUUCAACGCAUCGACCAAUCGAGCACACAGGUGUUUCUCCGAAAAGCCAUGUAUGGAAAAGUUUUCACACGGGUCGUCGCAUAUUCCGAAUUGUAUCAGAUGGUUCAGUCGGUCCGCAUGGACCAAGAUGAAGCACUCGCAGUUUGUCGUUUCCCCCAUUCACAAGGAGAGCCAUCAGGGGCGAACACGGUCCUGAUGGACGUCCUCCUUCAUGUUGCUGGUUUCGUCGCCAAUCUCAAUAUUGAGAAUGAAGAAGUCUGCAUCUGCAAGGAGGUCAAAUCUGCUACCAUGACUCGAGAAUUCCCCUUCUCAGACACGACGUUCGAAGUCUAUUGCAGCAAUCUCGAAAUCGCAGCCACCAACGUGAUCAUAGCAGAUGCAUAUGCUGUCGAUUCACGAGGCGUCAUUGCUGUCUUCAAGGGUAUGGUCUUCCAGCGAGUGAAACUAGCGGGAAUGGCUCAAGCUCUCCGGUUGACAGCUGCAAGAUCUGGUCAUUUACAUCAGUCUGUCCCAAUAAAGAAAGCCAAAUUGGUAGCUCCAGAACCUUCGGCUCCCGACUCAAAGCCUCUUGACAUGCCUGUUGACAAGCAACCAGCUAUCAGGGAGAUCAUUGCGAGAACUUGCAAUCUAGAAGCAUCAAACUUAGCUGCGGACACCAGUCUUCACGCCAUCGGUUUUGACUCGCUCAUGAUGAUUGAACUUUCUUCCAGCCUGUCUUCUACGCUUCAUACCUCAAUUGAUAUAUCGGCUCUGGAGGCGUGUGAGACCGUUGAGGACAUUGAGGAGCUGUGCAGCGAUGUGGGAGCCACACCUAUCUCGGAAGCAGAGACUGUUGACUCUGUCACUAUGCCAACAACACCGGCAACGCCUGCGGAUAAGCUACUCAUUGCGUCCAUAAUCGCCGAGACAUGUGGUGCCCAUACUACCUCCAUCAAGUCAGAUGUGGAGCUCGAGGCUCUUGGGAUUGAUUCACUGAUGAUGAUUGAGCUGGAGGCCCGUCUGCAAAGUUUAUCGAACCCAAAGAAACUUUCAUCUUUGGAACUAUCCGAACGCAGGACAGUGAGAGACAUUGAGACAUUAGCAAAUAUAGAUGACCCAAAACCAUUCCAACUUGAAUUUGAAGUUUCUUCUCGCUUAUCUUCCCGAAUCUGUGGUGAAAUACAAUCUCCAGUACCAGAAGCCGAAAAGAGAGAAGUAUCCGCGUCCAUGAAGAUGAAGAUUGCGACCAUGCUCAAGUUACAAGAGCAAACCGAAACAGUGCAUCUCGCCGAGGUCGGGGCCCCUAAAAGCGCCCCACUGUUCCUCAUCCACGACGGCAGCGGCACCUGUGUUCAAUAUCACCGACUCAGACCCUUCAAUCGCACGGUUUAUGCCAUCCACGACCCCAAAUUUCUGGAUCCAGAUUCCUGGUCAGGAAUUCCUGCUAUGGCACAAUCUUACGCACGACUUAUUGCAAGGACAACUUCCAGCCCUUACAUCCUCGGUGGCUGGUCGUUUGGUGGUGUUGUCGCAUUCGAAGCUGCUAGAGUGCUAAUGGCAGGAGGCUACGCUGUCACGGGCGUAGUUCUCAUCGAUUCACCGCCGCCACUCAAUCACCAGCCGCUCUCUGCGAACAUCAUAGAUGCCGUUACAAAAGGUGAUAGAAAUAGAGGUGGCGUGGUCGGUGAAACUAUUCGCAACCUUGUCAGGGAAAGUUUCACAGCCUGCGCAGGUAUGCUUGGGGCUUUCAAACCAGAGCCUGUGACGAGUACCAGUCGACCAAUUCCACGGACUUUCUUGCUCCGAUCAAGGGAUGGCUUCCGUCUAAACACGAGCAAUGAGAGUCGGGGGGUGGAGAACGCUUGGUUGCAGGAUCGCUCCGAACCCAGGACUUCUAUUGAGGGAUGGGAGAUUCUUACAAGGGCAAAGAUGCCUUAUAUGGAUAUCCCAGGCGAUCAUUUCCAGGUCUUCGACGCUGCGAAUGUACAAGCUGUAUCAAAAGCUAUCGCCCAUGCAUGCAGCGAAUUAACAAUCAACUCGUCAAGUUGA